AUGGAGCGUGCGAUUCGUGACACGACCCCGCAACAAUACGGGCUGAUGGGCUUCAAAACCUCAGCAUCCUUGAGUAAUCAUGUGUUAAAGGCUCGUGCGAUUGGUCCUCGUCUGGCAAACAUCGUCCAGAACAACGGUGUUGGCUUGGCUGGUGCGAAUGCCAAUGCUGGCACACAGGCUACCUCAACUCCGCGCACCACAGCGACUACCGACUCCCCUGCCACUCAUCAGACUCCUACCGCCACUUCGCGUCCUACCGCAACUCGCCACACCACAUCCGCUCGCCAUACCACACCUCCGCUCCACUUGAUAAGCGAACACCACCACCCAAUCCCCCCAAUCCACGCCAACCUCAACAUCAAGCAGUUCGAACCUCACCGACUACCACUCUACAGCACCCUCUGCUGCUUCAUCCGCUCCACCGAACGCCGUCCCGACUACUUCAACCUCACCACCUUCGCCGACCUCGUCCAUACACCGACUUGUCCAGAUUCAGGCGAGAAUGAUAUAACAAUCAACGCCUAA